AGGGUAAGAAGAGAGAGAAUAGAUAAAUUAAUAUAAAGCAAAUCCCCCGGUUCUCUACCCUCGUCUUCUUCGCCUGCAAUCUUUCUCCUCUCAUUACCAAAUUCUAACCUCCGAAGCUCAGCCAUGUCGGACGAAGAGCACCACUUCGAGUCAAAGGCUGAUGCCGGAGCAUCCAAGACUUUCCCUCAGCAGGCCGGAACCAUCCGCAAGAAUGGAUAUAUUGUAAUCAAAGGAAGGCCUUGCAAGGUUGUUGAAGUUUCAACUUCCAAGACUGGCAAGCAUGGUCAUGCUAAGUGUCACUUUGUUGCAAUUGACAUCUUCAACGCAAAAAAGCUUGAAGAUAUCGUGCCCUCUUCCCAUAACUGUGAUGUUCCCCAUGUUAAUCGUACUGAUUACCAGCUGAUUGACAUAUCUGAGGAUGGAUUUGUGAGCCUAUUGACUGAAAAUGGUAACACCAAGGAUGACCUGAAGCUCCCAACUGAUGACAACCUGCUCACCCAGAUCAAAGAUGGGUUUGCGGAGGGGAAAGAUCUGGUUGUGAGUGUAAUGUCUGCGAUGGGAGAAGAGCAGAUCUGUGCUCUGAAGGACAUUGGCCCAAAGUAGCUUUCCUCCAUCUGCAGACUGCUAAAAAUUUAACUGAAGAUUUUUGUAAGAGCUUGUACGCUUGCUGUUUCAGAUUGGGAAGACAUUAUUAGUGUUAUUGGGAAGGGUUUUAUUUGGAUUUAAAUCUGAGGGGUUUCUUUUCAAGCAACAGAUACAGUUCCAAUGCCCUUGUUUUUCUGUGGACAUCCACUUAAUUGUCUCUACUCUCUACUUUCAUUCUACUAGCUUUUUGAUUCAAUAUUUGUACUGCUUUAUGCUAGAGAAACUGCAGCUACUGCCUUGUUUUUUGUGGUGUAAAGGGUUGCUAAACUGCCAGCAAUACUAGACUGUAUAUACACCUUUAAGUCUUGUUACUUGUGGUAA